ACGCCCAUUUCAUCAUACUAUUCAUUCGUUCAAACUUACGAGGUGUCAAUGAACGUUGCACGUGAUGUCACAGGAAAGGCUUCAAGAUGGGGAAGUUUGGGCUCCAGUUUAAAGCCACUCUGGAGAAUGUCACAAAUGUGAGGCCACUGGGCGACGAUUUCCGCUGGUUUCUGAAGCUGAAGUGUGGGAACUGUGGUGAGGUCCCAGAUAAAUGGCAGUAUGUAACCCUAGUGGAGAGUGUACCACUAAAAGGAGGACGAGGCAGUGCCAGCAUGGUGCAGAAGUGUAAACUUUGCGCCCGGGAAAAUUCAAUUGAUAUCCUGGGAGACACAAUUACACCUUAUAAUGCGGAGGACAGCGAAAGCUUCAAGACAAUGGUGCAGUUUGAGUGUCGAGGUCUGGAGCCCAUUGAUUUCCAACCACAAGCUGGUUUUGCUGUACAAGGAGCAGAGUCUGGGACACAAUUUCCUGAAGUCAACCUGCAAGAAAAAGACUGGACAGACUACGAUGAGAAAGUUCGCGAGUCUGUGGGAAUAUAUGAGGUCACACACCGGUUCAUUAAGUGCUGAUGUCCUGUCCUCAGAGAUGGACGCCAGAACACUAGAGCCAGACAUCUUCAGGCCUAUUUCCUGGUAACAAGGACACUUCUGAUUCUGACCUGGUUCGGUUUGUUUGAUGAUGAACGUUAAGAGGUGCAGACUGACAGAACUGGUUGUCCAUACAUGUGGCUUAGAUUUAUCGAAAUGCUAAGCAGACAAAACCUUUUUCAUUGCCUCAAUAAAAUUGAAGUGUGAAAAAUUA